CCUCUCUCCACCUGAUACUUUUAUAAAAUCCAUACCCCAACUUCUCUUUUCCGUUAACUCUCUCUUUCUCUCUCUCUCUCCGAGUAAAUGCGAAGCGGCGUGCCUUGGCUGCGAAAUCUCUGACAAAAAGACACAGGCUUUUUUCGCUGCUUCCCCAGCGCUAGCACCACUCUCUAUCUGUACCUGCGAAACACGUACUUUUCUUCUUCAUUUGAUUCCAUAUCACUUUCUCAACGUACCUCCAUUACUUGCGCUAACCUAACCACCCAGAAGAGAAGAGAAGAGAAAUGCUGCAAACUGUCAAGUACCUCAUCGGCUCAGCCGGCCCCACUGGCUUCGGCUCUAAGUCCACCGCCGACCAGGUUACCGCUGGCUGCGAUCUGCGUUCCAUCACUGCCAUCAUCACUGGAGCCACUUCAGGGAUAGGAGCCGAGACAGCGAGAGUGUUGGCGAAGCAAGGGGCGAGACUGGUACUCCCGGCUCGGAACAUGAAAGCGGCCGAGGAUACCAAGGCGCGUAUAGUUUCCGAGUUUCCUGAUUCUCAAAUCAUUGUUAUGGCGCUUGAUCUUAGCUCUCUCAACUCUGUUCGAAGCUUCGUUAGGGAGUUCGAGUCUCUCAAUUUGCCUCUCAAUCUCCUCAUAAAUAAUGCCGGAAAGUUCCCACACGAGCAUGCAAUAUCGGAAGACGGAAUAGAGAUGACAUUUGCCACUAAUUAUCUUGGUCAUUUUCUGUUAACGAAGUUGUUGCUGAGGAAGAUGAUCGGAACAGUAAAAGAAUCUGGCAUCCAAGGUAGGAUCGUGAACGUUUCAUCUGCCAUUCACGGCUGGUUUUCCGGCCACAUUAUCCAAUAUCUCCAAGAAAUUUCCCGAAAUAAAAGUCAGUACGAUGCCACACGUGCUUACGCUCUCUCGAAGCUGGCUAACGUUCUGCACACGAAGGAGCUUGCCCAGAGAUUGAAGCAAAUGGAAGCCAACAUUACCGUCAACUGUAUCCAUCCAGGAAUAGUGAGAACCAGACUCACCCGCGAAAGAGAAGGCCUACUCACAGAUAUAGUGUUUUUUAUGGCGUCAAAGCUCUUGAAGACAAUUCCUCAGGCUGCUGCUACAACGUGUUACGUAGCAACUCAUCCGAGACUGUUGAAUGUUUCUGGAAAGUAUUUUGCGGACUGUAAUGAAGCUUCACCGUCGAAAUUCGGAUCCAGCUCAACUGAAGCUGAACGGUUGUGGUCCGCCUCCGAUAUCAUGGUUUCUAGAGACCCAAAAGCAGUUUUUGAUCCGCUCAAUACCACAUAGCAUAGUGUAUAAAAGAGAAAAAGAAAUAGUAGUAGAAACAUAUAAAAAGAAAAAAACACAAACUUUAGAAAAUAAAUAUAAUGUGAUAUUUAUGAGUGAUAAGUCGAUUGAAUAGAUCAAGUGUUGGUUAAAAUUAUAAUAAUUUCUACUUAUUAAUAUCGUAUUGAUUGAAAUAUGUAAGACAUAUGGUUAUAUAAUACAUACUU